UUCGAUCCUUCUCCGGUGAAAUUUUCCUUUUCCCAAUUUUUCCCACGUGAUCCAUGUGGACGCUCCAGCUAGUGCGCGCUACGUUGGAAAGAGGAAUAGUUCGACACUGCAACUUGGAAAAAGGAACAGUGAGCUUUCUGAAUUUGACUAUUUUGACGAGUGUCCGUAUCCAUGGACCUCCCCCUCACCCUGAGAUUCCGAUCACCGGAGCUCUGUCUUUUUCCCAGGAAAUCCAUCUCUCCGAACAACUUUCCUGGAAGGCAACAUCAACCCAUUAUUCUCCGUCACAAAACCAACCCAGAGACCGGACUUUCAGCCCCAAAGCUUCACCUUACAGUCACGGCCAAGAAAAGGUCACCAAUCGAAGGAGUGAGCGAGGAGCUGAAUGCGAUCGCUUCUCAGAACCUGGACAUGGCUCCCGCUCGCAGACGGGUCCGUUUGGCCUUCGUGGAGGCCCAGCAACAGCUUGAUCAUUGCUUGUUCAAGAUGGCUCCUACUGGGAUCAUAACAGAGGAGUGGUACGAGAGGAACUCGAAGGGAUUGGAAAUUUUCUGUAAAAGCUGGAUGCCACAACCAGGUGUUCGCAUCAAAGGUGCUUUGUGUUUCUGCCACGGUUAUGGUGAUACUUGCACAUUCUUUUUUGAAGGUAUUGCCAAGCAAAUUGCUGCAUCUGGAUAUGCUAUUUAUGCUUUGGACCAUCCUGGUUUUGGCCUUUCUGAAGGGUUGCAUGGUUACAUCCCAAGCUUUGAUGAACUCGCCGAUAAUGUUAUAGAAAAUUAUACUAAAAUCAAAGGAAGACCUGAAUUGAGAGGGUUGCGCCGGUUUUUAUUCGGACAGUCCAUGGGUGGGGCCGUUGCUCUUAAAGUUCAUCUAAAGGAACCACAUGGAUGGGAUGGAGUCAUCCUUGUGGCGCCAAUGUGUAAAAUUUCAGAGGACGUGAAACCUCCAGCUCCAGUUCUGAAAGUAUUAACCCUCAUGUCCAAAGUCAUGCCAAAAGCAAAGCUCUUCCCAAAAAAAGAUCUGUCUCAGCUAGCCUUCAGAGAACUGAGGAAAAGGAAAAUGUCUGUAUACAAUGUGAUUUGUUAUAACAGUCAAACGCGGUUGAAAACUGCUGUGGAACUUUUGAAGGUGACAAGUGAAAUUGAGAAGCAAGUGGAGAGGGUUUCAUCUCCAUUGCUGAUUCUUCAUGGAGCUGCAGAUAAGGUGACAGAUCCGUUAGUGAGCCAGUUUCUUUAUGAGAAGGCCUCUACAAAUGACAAAACCUUAAAACUUUAUGAAGAUGGUUAUCACUGCAUUCUGGAAGGGGAACCCGAUGACAGGAUAUUUGAAGUACUUAAUGAUAUUAUUGCAUGGCUUGAUUCCCGGUGUAGCUCCCUUUGAUUUCGCCCCAUGCACAAGUUCAACCAUUGUUAUUUCUUUUUAUGUAUGCUGUUAGCAUCUCCAGCAGCUUAGCUAAAACUUUUCUUAAAUUGUCUAAAUUUAACUAAUAUGAGCUAAAUAAAAUUCGUGUCCAACAGCUUAUGUUGUUUCGGCUA